CAAGUGAGUAUUAGGCGGAGUGUCUAUAGGACUGAUAUAUAAUAGAAAGUAACGACAUUAGCAUAUGUAUGAAGUAUUCAAGUAUAAUAUGUUCGACACAUUUCUAUUGCAUUUGUGUCUCAUUUGGCAAUUCCUGUGGUUUUCCAGUGAAUCAAAGCAUCAAAAUCGUCAAAAAUGGCGAUAAUUUGAAUCUAAACUUAAAAUUUAGUCAUUUUCAGUGCCAAAAGAUUUUUUGUCGAUAACUUUGAUGAUUACAAAUUCAUCAAUAAUUUAGUGGAAAAAACUUUUUUGUUGUUCACGACAUUAGUGCCAAACUUUUGCUAAUUUAGUCUCUGAAGAGUUGGUCUCAUGUUUUUCUUUUUUUGUGAACUACUUGUAAACUAAUUGAUACCAAAAUGGGAAGCGCUGUGUCUUUGAUUUACAAACAAAAUAAAUGCAAAGUCAAAGUCAAACAAUUCGAUAAAACAAAUCACUGCAAACAUGGGGACAGUUGGAUACGCUGGACAUCAUCGUUGACCAAACCAUUGAAUUUGUCGAUUACUGAAACAACUAAAACAAAUAAAUUUAAUGAAUCGUUUGACUACAAGAAGACCAACAAUACGGACCAAAAUGUUUAUUAUGUGUAUCAAAGUGAUACCAAAUGUCUUAAUAAGGAACUGAUGUCUAGUUCCGCACCAAAUGUCAAACAAUUUGAACAUAAACUUUCAUCUAAAGACUGUCAGAGAUCGCAAUCAAUGAUCACUUCAAAGCCAAAUCGCAUCCGAAAUAUUUAUUAUCAAAGAGUAGUAUUCACUCCUGAAUACAUAAAUAUGAGUUCCACUGAAAUGACUAAAACGACUGUAAUUAGCAAAAAAGAUCCACUCAUUGAUUACGAUUUGGUGCCGUCAGGCAUACCAGUGCCCAUCAACUCAUUGCGAGCCAAACACUUGAAGACUAAAAAUAUCAGAAGUUUGGUUAUGGAUGACGACCACGAAUAUGAUAUCCCAAAGAAGACUCAACUUAUAUAUCUUAAUUGACACACAAUCUCAUGUGAUAUAAGUUAUGCGACACUAUUAACAAAUUAAAUAACAAAAGAGUCCAAAAGCGACAAUAAUUAGGAAGACUAUGAAAAAUCAUAAGAAAAUAUAGUUUUCAAUACUAAUACUAUAACUAAAAUUGUUUCACUAUUUAUAGUUUCAUUAAAAACAUCAUUUUGUGUGGUUUUCAAUG